GUGACGAGUGAGAAUACAAAUCAACUGGAUUUGGUCUCCAAAGGCCGUUGAAGAGAAGGAAUGGCGGCAUCAGCGCGAAUAAACUACUCGAUUCACAACAGUAUCUCCUUAUUAAACCCCUUUUGUGCCUCCAAUUGUAAAGCUAUUAUCUUCAAAAAUGUCCUCAAUUUCCGUCAAAAUCUCUUCUUUUCCAAUGCAUCUUCAACCAGAAGAGCCGCCAUGUUUUGUACUUGCAGUAUCGGUAGUGAAAAUUCAAAUAAAGCAGAUUCUACUGAACCAUUUGUCGUCACAACUCCACUUUAUUACGUGAAUGCCCCUCCUCACAUGGGCAGUGCUUACACCACCAUCGCCGCCGAUGCUAUUGCUCGAUAUCAGAGGCUUUUAGGAAAGAAAGUUACAUUCAUAACUGGCACGGAUGAGCAUGGGGAGAAGAUUGCUACUGCUGCUUCUGCUCUUGGUUCUACCCCAACCGAACACUGUGAUGUCAUUUCACAAGCGUACAAGGCUCUCUGGAAAGAUCUAGACAUAGCUUAUGACAGGUUCAUUCGGACAACUGACCCCAAGCAUGAAGCACUGGUGAGGGAAUUCUAUUCUAAGGUGCUAGCCAAAGGUGACAUUUACCAUGCAAACUAUGAGGGGCUUUACUGUAUCAACUGUGAGGAGUAUAAGGAUGAGAAGGAGCUACUUGAAAACAACUGUUGUCCUAUGCACCUAAAGCCAUGUGUUCAACGGAAGGAGGAAAAUUACUUUUUCGCAUUGUCAAAGUAUCAAAAAUCAUUAGAAGAUAUCUUGGCACAAAAUCCUGAUUUCGUGCAACCGUCAUUUCGUUUGAAUGAGGUGCAAAAUUGGGUAAGAAGCGGCUUAAGAGAUUUUUCCAUUUCCCGAGCAUCAGUUGAUUGGGGCAUUCCUGUUCCUAAUGAUAGCAAGCAAACAAUAUAUGUUUGGUUUGAUGCUCUACUUGGAUAUAUAUCAGCUCUGUUGGGGGAGAUGGAACAACCUAAUUUACAAAGGGCAGUUUCUUCCGGGUGGCCUGCAUCACUACAUUUGAUUGGAAAGGAUAUUUUACGCUUUCAUGCCGUUUACUGGCCAGCCAUGCUCUUGUCCGCCGGACUAAAAAUUCCAAAGACGGUGUUUGGUCAUGGGUUCCUGACAAAGGAUGGCAUGAAGAUGGGGAAGUCAUUGGGAAAUACAAUCCAACCAAAUGAGUUGGUUCAUAAUUUUGGAUCUGAUGCUGUUAGGUACUUCUUCCUCAGAGAGGUUGAAUUUGGUAGUGAUGGGGACUAUUCAGAAGAGCGGUUCAUUAAUAUUGUCAAUGCUCAUCUUGCCAACACCAUAGGAAACCUUCUUAAUCGAACUCUUGGUCUUCUUAGAAAGAACUGCCAAUCAACUUUGGUGGUUGAUUCAACUAUUGCAGCCGAAGGAAGUGCACUCAAGGAUGCUGUGGAAAAGUUGGUUGAAAAAGCUCAAAUUAAUUAUGAAAAGUUCUCAUUAUCAUCUGCUUGUGAGGCUGUGCAAGAGAUUGGUAAUGCUGGAAAUUUGUACAUGGAUGAGCGAGCACCGUGGUCUCUUUUCAAGCGAGGUGAUGCAGAUGCUGAAACUGCUGCAAAGGAUCUUGUCAUUAUUUUGGAGGUGGUGAGGAUCAUAGCGAUAGCUUUAUCUCCAAUUACACCAAGCUUAAGUUGGAGAAUAUAUCAACAGCUUGGCUACUCAAAGGAUCAAUUUGAUGCCAUAACCUGGAGCGAGACCAAGUGGGGAGGAUUAAAAGGUGGUCAAGUCAUGGCUCAACCUAAACCAAUAUUUGCAAGGAUUGAGAAUAAAAAGGCAAUGGAAGAUGAGGCUGAAACAACUAAGAAGGUUGUGAAGAACAUAGAGAGACUACCUCAAGCACAAGGGGUGGCAGAAGCUUAGAAAUCAAAUUUCAAAUACUUUUUUUUUUCCUUUUCUCGCAAAGUCACUCUUUUUAUGAUAAUAUAGUAUAAGCGUUUAUCUCCUCUGCUCCAGUUUGGAUCUUGAUGCACAAAUUAGUUCUCUAUUUUACUUUAUCUUGGUAGCAUUUGGAAUUUUUGAGCAGAUGGUCAAUUAUGUAAACACCCGUAGUGUAUUGAGGAUUGACUUGAAUAUGAUUUUUUCCUGUAUUUCCCUUGAAAUAUGAGCAACUACUUGUAGUUUUCAUAAACAUUUUCUGAAACUGUGGAAGAGGGAGAGAUGAUUGUG